CCCAGUUACAAGACCUGUUUGGAAACACAAACAACAGCACUGGCUCUUAACCCUGUUUUAAUGAAUGCAGCUCAAGUCGUUCCCGUGUGACACCUCUGUCUUGCAGGCUCUGCCUCCUCUAGCUCGGGGAGGGCUAGGGGUAUAAAAGCUCCACGGCAUGCUCCAGCCAGGAUUCAGAUUUACGGGAGAGCACAGAGAAGCUUGAGCCUGUCUUGCCCUCCCUCUCUUUUACAUUGCUCUGCCAUCCUGUCACGAUGCAGGCACGGACACUGGUUGUUUUCCUGAUUGUUGUUUUUGUGGCUGUCACUCUUUCCGCACCAAUAAGUGAUGGCACAGACAAUGAUGAGAAAGCGCAGGCACUGCUAGACUUACUGAUUGGUGUUAACAACGCAGUUCACCCGACUAAUAGCCCUUUAAAUGGAGACUCAGCAGGAACUACAGAUGGAAAGGACUCUGCAGAGAAAGCAGAAGGCACAGCAAGUGACACAGCAGAUACAACCGAAAAGCCAGGUGACACAAGUCAGGAUGAAACCACCAGUGGUCCAGAUUCAAUAGAUUCCUCUGAAUCUGCAGUAGAAAAGAAGGACUCGGACAUGCCAGACCCAACUGAAGAGAAUAAUAAAGAUCCUUCAGAUGACGCAAAGGAAGUAACAGACACACAAACAGAUUCUGCUGAUACUGACUCAACACUCAUAUCAUCAAAUGAAAAAGACUCUCCAGAUAAGACCUCUUCCAGUAAGGAGACAGAGUCACGUGAUGAGCCAGACAAGGAUUCUCGAGAAUUUGAAAAGCACAAGUCAGAUGCCAGCACUGAUACAUACAAGGACAGUAAAGAACAAGAUGUGGACAAAAACUCAGAGAUGGAGGACAACGACAAAGCUGCCAACAAAGCUGUGGACACUGAUGGAGAUGGUGAUGUGACUAGAGACACAGAAGACACUGAUGAGAAAGAUUCAUCAGAAAGAAAGAACAAGACCAGCAAGCAUGAUUACACUGACAAAGAUACUGACCAUGACACAGCAAGUUCUUCAGACAUGACAGAGAUCAGUGACAGCACUGAGAAGACUGACAAAGUCAACAACAGAGACAGCGACAAAGAGAAUGAUAAAGAUAGAGACAAUGACAGAGAUAGUGAUAAAGAUGCAGAUAGAGACAGUGAUAGGGAGGAUAGUGAUAAAGAUGAGGAUAAAGACAGUGAUAGAGACAGUGAUAAAGAUGAAGAAAAAGACAGUGAUAAAGAUGAAGAAAAAGACAGUGAUAGAGAUAGUGAUAAAGAUGAAGAAAAAGACAGUGAUAGAGAUAGUGAUAAAGAUGAAGAAAAAGACAGUGAUAGAGAUAGUGAUAAAGAUGAAGAAAAAGACAGUGAUAGAGACAGUAAGAAAGAUGAAGAAAAAGACAGUGAUAGAGACAGUAAGAAAGAUGAUAGGGGCAGUGAUGGAGACAGAGAUGGAGACAAUGAUGUGGAUAGCAAAGGCAUAAAAGAUGAGGAGGAUAGUGCAGAUAGUGACAAGGACACCACAGAUGACACAAGCAUUGACAAAAGCAGUGAGAAGGAAAUGACUGGUGAGGAGGAAAAGGACACUGACCAAGAGACAAAGAGCAAGUCUGAAGAAUCUGUGAGGGAAUCUCAGCCAGGCUCAUUUAUCUUGGACUCCUCAAGUAAAGAGGAUAGCCAGGACAGAGAGAUGAGCAGCACUGAGUCCACUGAUAAAGACAGCUCAGACAGCACAGACCAUGCUGACAAGGACAGCACUGAGACUGACGGAGAAGUUUCAGAUGUCAGUGCCAGUAGUUCAGAGAUAGAGACGCCUGAGGCAACAUCACUUGAAACAGCUGAAGACUCUCAGGGUGACUCCAGUGAUGAGAAUGACAACGAUGACUCAAGAGAUGCAACAGAGUCGAAAUCCCAGGAAGACAACACUGAUGAAGACACCGAUGUAGACACAACUGAUGAAGAUAAUGAUACAGAUAUGGAUGAAGAUGACACAGUACAGAAUGAUGCUGAGGAAAACCCAUCUGAUGUACCAGACCAGCCAGAUCAUCUAGAUGACACACCUCAAGGGUCUGUUGUUGGUAGCAAUAAUGCUUCUCUAAGCUCCUAGCGCCCAGAAUAUCACUGGAUGAAACAGUUUAACAGGGUCAUUAUGGUGAAAUACUAAAAGAGAAGCAACUGAAGUCACUGUGCUAAUCAGCCAUUUUGAUUCUCUAUUAACAUGACAUUUUAUAACUUUCUGUCCCCUCUGAUGAAGAGUUCUUGGAUGGAAAAUAAAUUAUUCUGUGUGGUGUAUGUUCUGUUCUUAUAACUCUGACAGUCUUAAUUCUAUAACUGGAAAAGCAAUAUUUGCCAUUUUUGUUUAAUUUUUGAAGAAACUUAGAAGUCAAAAAUAUUUCUUUUUAUUCAAACAUAGAAGGUUUGAAACUUAGUAAUUAGUCACAAAUAUAAUGUUUGUAUUUUUGUUCUACACUGUUAAAGACAAAAUCAAUGAUCAGUGGUUUUUCCACAAUCAUGUCUGUGGCCCUGGCUUUAAGACACAUUUUGUCCAUCUGACUGCUCCAUCUUCUAGACUGACAUUGUUCUCCUUAACCUCAGCCAAACGUUGUCCAGCUGAAACAUCAAAUGCAAAUGACGCAUAGCCUAUUAAAAUAUGUUAAAGUGUUUCCUACAAUGAAAUAAAUGCAUACAGACAGUUCUGCUUAACUGUAUAAGUUCACAUCUCUGGAGGUAUAUUAAGUAACACUGUAGUGAUAUAACAACACAGAUUGUUUGACAAUUACUGAAAUGACAGAGAUGUAUAGAGUAAUUAAUGUCACUUAAAUGUGCACACAGGGACCAAUUCUAAUAAAAAUGAGUUGUCAGACAAA